CGCAGUUCGAAGAGACUGUAGAAAAUCACAAGCUGAUUUGCAUAUCCUUAAAAUUGCUAAUACAAGAAGUAUUUUAACUCUUUUUUCAUAUUCUGUGCCAAAAUCGCGUGUUAAAAAAAUUCUGGUGUACUCUGGGACGAUAUACAGACAUGAAGGCAGUCACGCUUGCUGCAACGUCACUUCUGCUGUUGCAUACCUUCGCUUUAUGCAGCAAGAAAGGCUAUAUCUGUCGAGCCAAUGGCAUCAAAGGCCUGUGUAAAGGGGUCAGAUCUUGCCCGUCUAUAUUCAAACAGCGGAUUAAGCCAUCUAUAUGCUCGUUUGAAGACGAAGUAGUUGUUUGCUGCGCAGAUCGUGCUACUCGACAUCAGCUACGCUGGAUGAACCUAUUGAUGUCAUCAAGAGUUGUGAAGAGCGACCAAUGCGAACCUAUUCCAGCUAACAUGACUGUGUCGAAGACCGGAAACAUAGCUUUAGACAAAUGUUUGGAGUACCAAGAGAAGCUAGUCUUACCGUGCGAGGAGAGUUCGGAGACGGGAAAAAUGGCACGCGAAAAUCACUGCAACUGGAAGCCGGAGAAAUUGAUAAUAAACGGAGAAAAGGCGAAUUCAGGAGAGUACGCGCAUAUGGUCCGCUUGGGCUACGGGGAGGACGAGUCCCUGAAGUGGAUCAGCUCCGGCUGGUUGAUCAGCGAUAGAUUUGUAGUUACUUCUGCCCACUGCACCAUCAAGGCCUGGAAAGGGCCAGUGAGAAAAAUCAUGAUCGCUAUUGAAUCGGACAUGUCCCAAAAGUCCAGUAGGAUAUACAACGUUUGGAAGAGUCACGUCCAUCCCAAGUACCAGUCGCCUUUCAAACUCCACGACAUCGCUUUGUUGGAGACUGAAAAACCCAUGCUACUGGAUCGUUCCGCGGUGCCAGCCUGCCUUCCCACUGGGGGCAUCGACGACCACGAGGUGGAAAUCGCAGGCUGGGGUAUAACCAGCGCCAGGAGUCGGGUCAUGUCCAAUGACCUUCAGAAGGUCACGUUGACAAAGUUUACGGAUGAGGAGUGCAGAGCCAAGCUGAAGAGGGUCCGUCUGCUGCCGGGGGGCUACGACCCCUCCACACAGGUGUGCUAUGGAGACAGGAAGACCCCUAAGGACACUUGCAGUGGUGACAGUGGCGGUCCAGUGGUAGUUAGGCACCCGGAUGUCUACUGCAUGUACUCGGUGGUAGGGGUGAUAUCUUUCGGCAGGAAGUGUGGGGUAGCGAACGAGCCCGGGGUAUAUACCCGGGUCGAGCCGUACGUGCCUUGGAUCGUAUCGAAAGUUUGGCCUGGAAAUCACCCCAGCGAGCUGUAGUCCACCCAUUUUUUUUUAUUAAAUUUUUAUAAUCAAAACCAAACUUAUGGCCCACCUUAUGGUCUCCACAUUACCGAACUAGAUGGCGCCACAAAAAUCCUGCAUCGCGCUAGCGAAGUGUUUACAAAAAUUGAUUGUAUUGAAGAAUAUGAACUAUAUUUAAGAAAUGUUGAUUAAAAUCCUUAAUGGACUAUAUAUACAACUUCCAAAGAUGAAUGCUCGGACCUCGGAAAGAGUUAUAUAUCAAUUUAAAAGGGUAUGAAGUGCACGCCACUGCGUACGAUACAUUUUUCUAGAUGGCAGUCCGAUUCGAAUGAGUCGUCGCUCAUAUUUUUAGGAGCGUGAUUUUUUAACUUGCUUACUAGCCUAGAAGUGGCAAAACAGAUAUUUUAGUUAGUUUUAUAUAAAAACGGAAGCGGUAAUAGUGCUGUGGGUAGGAGCUCGACUUCACUUUCGAGGGGCCAAAUUCGAAUCCUAGCACGCACCUCUAACUUUUCAAAAUUAUGCAAUCAUUCUGACGUCGAUAAGCGAUUAAAAAUAUCACUUGCUUCGACGGUGAAGGAAAACAUCGUGAGGAGUGCAUG